AGGGAGGACAGACAGCAGUGUUAUACAACGUUCAGUUGUCAGGCAGGUAGCUGGGGGGAAACCUUGUUAAUAUUUUUGUUGUAAAGUUGCAAUAACAUUAUUGUGACUUUGGGCUGAAUCAUGUAUCGGCGCCCUUUGCAGCAAGGCUUCAGACAAUUAAGCUCGUCUCUGUGCAUUAGGACUGUCUUCGGGAAGGCCACUGAGCAGGAUCUCGCCAAAGCUUUGGUGUCUUGUCAUUGCACUGGAGCAAUAUUGCACACUCGGACACAAUGUCGAGCUCUUCACAGCACACAAGAGCUCUGUGCUGUAAAACAUACACCUCAGGCUUCAGAGGAAGAAAUUGGAGCUUUCACCAGACUUAUUGAGGCCAUGGGCUUCACUGGGCCACUCAAAUACAACAAAUGGAAAAUCAAAAUAGCUGCUUUGCGUAUGUAUACUUGCUGUGUUGAGAGAAUCAACUACGAUGAGUUUUUUGAGAAGUGCUCCCUCCCUGACACACUCAACUCCUGGUUUUUGGUGGCACAGCUCCAUGUUUGGAUGUGUUUGGUGCGGAUGAGGCAGGAAGGCAGAGAAGGGAAGUAUAUGUGUCGCUACAUUGUCCAUUCUAUGUGGGAGGAUGUAGAACAGAGAAGCAAGAUCAUGGGGAUUGAUGCUGUUCAGAGGAAGGAGAGUAUGAGGGUUAUGACCGAAACAUUUUAUGCUGCUAUUUUUGGAUAUGAUGAGGGAAUCCUGUCGGAUGACACUGUUCUUGCAGCAGCGCUUUGGAGGAAUCUGUUCAACAGGCAGUGUGAGGACCCGAGACAGGUCGAGCUCAUGGUUGAAUAUGUCCGCAAGCAGAUGCAGUUUCUUGAUACACUGGAUGGAGAUGAUCUCCUCCUAACAGGAGAGGUGAAAUGGCGUCCUCUGGUGGAAGAGAAUGCACAGAGCAUCCUGAAGAUGCCCAGUCCAACAUAUAAUGAUGCAGGCCUUUAAUGAACAGUACUCUGUCAGACAACAGUACCCACAAUGCCAUGGUUUGGGAUACUUGAUUUGAAGACAUGACCAACCAUCUUGCCAAUCUGCUUGAUCUAGGUCUGUCUGUAUGUUUGUCUGUUUCUCUCCCUCUUUCAUUAAACCAGCAUACUGUGAUAGGACUGCCUGGACCUUUUAACCUUACACAUAUAGGGAGUAUGGAGGAUUCAGCAGUUUUCUGUAUUUACACAUUUGAAGAACUGCCAAUAUGUUUAUGCUCUUGGCCAUGACUGUCACUGUUUCACUGUUCUCACUGGUAGAGGAAUGUGCAUGUGCUUGUUCGUGUGAUGAGGCUGAAUGGAAUAAGCAGCUAUUUUAUAAUAAUUAAAACAAAUAAAGAUGCUUAUUUGGUGUAACACAA